CUUUGAACAGAUUUGUGUAGAACUGACUCCGAAGCCACAGUUUCAAAACUCGCCUGAAAAAAAAACAGUCUACGGUAUACGGAUUAAUUACAAAUCAUAAGAAAGGGCUACCAGCGUGCUGUCUUAAUAACAAUGGUGGAUGCUUAAGAAUAUAAAAGCAACAGCUAAUCCAUCAUGAUGUGGUUUGCCUCAAAAGAUAUUGCAAUAGAUUAAUAUCAAUACCAAUAUGGGGAUUUUGAAUUUGGUGUCAAAGCUGAAGAGUAAGCCUUCUUUGGAAAGCAUACGUCAAGAUCAAAUAUCAAGCUCUAGCUCUGCUGUUGCCAAGGACACAGUAAUCAAUGAAACCAAUAGUAAUGAUGGCCAUUCAAGCAAAUCCAGAUUAGAAUCAAAGAAAGUCAACAUCGAUGAUGAUGUUGAUGUUUAUGAAGUUGACACUUCUUCAGAUUAUGAGGCCCUACCAGAAGAACUACCAGCAGAUAUUGCAGAAUUGCCAAAAAUCGUUAGAGAAGCUGUUACAUUUGAAGAUGAUCCAUCAACUCCAAUCGUCACUUUUAGAUUCUUUUUAUUGUCUAUCAUUUUCAUUGCCCCUGGUGCUUUCUUAGAUACUAUGAACAGUUAUAGAACAACAUCUGCUGCUUACUCUGUGUUUUUCGUUCAAAUUGCCUCUCAUUAUACAGGUAAAUGGCUAGCUAGAGUCCUUCCAAGCAAAGAGGUUAAUCUAGGGUUCGUGAAGUUCAAUCUAAACCCAGGUCCAUGGUCCAUUAAAGAAAAUGUUUUAGUCACUUUAGCCGCUGCUUCAGGUGCUACAGGUAACCAAGGUACAACCUCUAUUGCAUUAUCAGAGUUGUUUUAUAACGAUGUUACCCAUCCAGCUGUGGCUAUUUUCUUUAUGUGGUGUAUCAACUUGACAGGUUAUGCCUACGCUGCUAUUGCCAGAAAUUUCUUACUUUAUGAUCCACAAUUUGUCUGGCCUCAAGCUUUAAUGCAAACUAAUUUAUUCAAUUCAAUGAAAAAAGCUGAUUCAAAUUCUAAAAUUGGUUCAAAACAAGUUAGAGUUUUCUUCUUAGCUAUUUUAGGUAUGACUGUUUGGGAAUUUUUCCCUGAAUAUAUUUUCCCAAUGACUAGUUCUUUAGCAUUCUUAUGUUGGGUCGCUCCAAGAAAUCCUGUUGCUAAUUUCAUAGGUUCAGGUAUGGGUGGAAUGGGGUUCUUGAAUAUUUCACUAGAUUGGUCAAAUAUCACUUCAAGUGUUAUGUUAUCACCUUAUUGGACGAUUUGUGUUCAGUUUAUUGCUUUUGCAUUCUGUUGUUGGAUCUUGAUCCCAGCUGCAAAAUGGGGUAAUCUAUCAGAAUUUAAAGCAGGAUUAAUGUCUAAUAAAUUAUUCACAUCAAGUGGUGAAAGUUAUCCAACUUUAAAACUUAUGAUUCAAGAAGGUAAAAAGAUUUAUUUCAAUGAAACAGCUUAUGAGCAUUAUGGUCCUUUACAUAUGGGAGCUCAAAAAUCUUGGACGAUAUUUUUUGACUAUGCAGCUUAUAUCUCAGCUAUUUCUUGGAUUGCAUUAUUUGGUCGUGAAGAUAUUUUGAAAGCAUGGAAAAAAUUCAGAGAAAGAUAUUCACAAAAAAAGAACGAUGAUAAACAAUAUGUAUCAAUUAGUGAAACUUAUACAGAUAGAUUGAACAAAAUGCAAUCUGCCUACAAAGAUGUUCCAUUAUGGUGGUAUGUUGUUUUAUUCCUUAUUACAUUUGUUGUUUUGAUUACAAUUUUUGCAACAGGUAACAUGUUUAUUCCAUGGUGGACUUAUAUUGUUGCAUUGGCUUUUGGUGCAGUCAUUGUUACUCCAUUAGGUUAUUUGUAUGCUAUCUCAAAUUUCCAAUUACCUAUUGGUACUUUCAAUGAAUUAUUAUAUGGUGUUAUGAUACAAGCUACAAGUGGUGGUCGUCAUCCUGCAGGGGCAAGUUCAUAUGGUGCUAUUGCAGGGGAUGCUUGGUACAGAGCUCAAUAUAUGUUACAAGAUCAAAAAAUUGGCCACUAUAUGCAUCUUCCACCAAGAACUAUUUUCUUCUCACAGAUCUUCGGUCAAAUGAUUGGUGUUCCAGUGAAUUAUGGUGCUAUGAGAUGGAUUUUGAAUACAAAAAGAGAAUACUUGGAUGGUACUAAAGUCGAUCCUUUACAUCAAUGGACUGGUCAAAGUUUACAAUCUUAUAAUACCAUGGCUGUCCAAUAUGUUUUGGUGGGUCCAGCUAGAUUAUUUUCCACAUCAUACACUAAGCCUAUUCCAUUUGGUUUCUUGUUUGGUGCUUUAGCUCCUGUUGUUAUUUAUGGCUUACACAAAUUAUUUCCAAGAGCAAGAUUUAACUUAUGGAACGUUACAGUUUUCAGUGCAACAGCAGCAAAAUUUUACGGUAAUUUAUCAACAGGUUAUCUAUCACAAUUCAUAGUUGGUACUGUGUCAAUGUUUUACUUUUUCAGAUACAAACACAGAUUUUGGAAAAGAUACAACUAUAUUUUAGCUGCAGCCUUUGAUACUGGUUAUAAUCUAGCUGUGUUACUGAUUUUCAUCUUCUUUAGUGCUGGUAAAAUUGUUACUAUGCCUAAUUGGUGGGGAAAUAAUGCCGAUUCUGUUGAGAGAUGCUUUGCUUUGUGAUUAAUGAUUGAUGAAACGAGAUAUAAUUU